GCCGUAAUUUUCUGUGUUGCUCGUUUUGCUCCACGUCGGCUGCACAGGCGCAGUCACAUAUUUCACCUGCUGGGAGAUGAAAUACGCCGAUCAGAGACACAGACACCAAGGAUUAGGUUAAAGGCAUUUCUCAUAAAAGCAUAAUUGGUCUGGACCUUGCUUUCUGAAAACAUGUUCAAGAAAUUAAAGCAAAAAAUAAACGAGGAACAGUCACCCCAAAGGAAUGCGCAGGCAGUACAACAACAGGCCCAGGUGGGCCCUGGUGACCAGCGCAGUCGAGCCUCGUCCUUGCACCAAGACGAUGGGCAAGCCUCAGCAACCACGAGCGAUAGGGAGCUGUUAGCCGGGAUGAUAGCUGAGCCUGCUUUUCUCUCUGAGUACACUAUCUUUGCUCUGGACCAUUCCAAAAGACCCAAAGGGGCCCAGGUGGCCAGUGCGAACGCCGCUAAAAGCAUCACAGCGUCACCCAAACUCGGAGGAAACGUGAACGGCAACGAAAAUGCUUCUCCACAGGCAAGUCUGCCCGUCUUGGCCGAGUCUUUAAGCCUUAGCCUUAGUUAAGCCGGUCUUGUUCAU